AUGACCUACAUAAGCCUGGGCGAAUUCGACGACUACCCCGCCGCCGAGUCGUUCACACGAGCUCCUUUGGAUGAGUAUAAAGGGGCCGACCAUAUAGAAACCGAGUGCUCUAAAACCCGGAUGUGCAAAAAUGUGAUCGAACAAUUUUGCGUACAAUCAUCGGCCCAUCAGCUGCAAUGGAAGGUUGAGAAGGUCAAAGUCGACACGCAAUCCAGCACAUCGCACGGAAAUCAAGCAAAUAAAACGCUUGCGGUUGAUCCUAAAAUGCUGCAACAUACGGGAACGCUCUACACGUUGUGGUAG